CGGGCAUGUACAAUGGUUCGCGAUGACCGCGCUCGUUGUUUGAGGUCGAGCGAUAGACUUCAGACGUCCUGGCCGGUCACGGGAAGGGUACGCGGGCUAUGAAUACACUUAUCUGCGAAGUGACUCGGACCCGUCUUUUUAAGUGACCUCUGUCGACAAGUGGGGGAACAUAAGUUUCCGCGCCCAGGCGGUCCGACCACGACCGCGACGACCGGCAAAGUAGCCGGGAUAGCAGACACAACUCGCGUCUGACGCGGUCAUAAUCCUGCACACUCCUAAUUCACUGUGUUGAGACCGUGCUAACGAGAUCUUCAACAUCUGCAACGAGAGCAUAGGGAGGCCCGGUAAACUUUCAAUGACCUCUAGAUUGCUAUUAGAACGGCGGGAUUAAACCCUGCCUCAGAUGGGGGCGGGCUCGGCGUGCUUCUAGCCGAGAUUACCUGCUUGAACGCGCGACCGCUAAGAAAACAGGUUUUCUCGGCAAAGCUCCCUUGGAAGCACUCGCAAGUCCGUGCGGGCAAAAGGGCGCAGCAACGUUUGUUCAGAUAAAUGGAGGAAAAACGAUGGGAUAGGACAUGACCAAGAGAGCGCGCGAGCUGGUCAAACACCGGAUGCUGACUAUAGACACUUCCGCAGCUCUCAAAAAUCUACAACUACCUCCUGAACGCGUCGAUCGUGACACGAUGGAUGAUUUUCAUAUUGCCCGUCCUGGCAUUGAUAUGGAUCCCCGGUAUUCUUGGAUUCACCAAGUUCCCGAACGCCACAGUGUAUGGGAUCAAACUCCUAUUCUGGAGCAUCUGGUUCACCGUCAUUUGGGCCGGCUGGUGGGGUGCGCUCGCGGUAGCGAUGAUCACUCCACGAAUUCUGCGGAACACAGUCGGUGUCGUCAUAGUAGCCGCCCGAAAAUACAUUGACUGGCUUGAGGUCUUGUACAGAUACGCCGCCUUCUUCGCAUGGUCGCUGGUGAUUUGGAUCUCCUGGAACCCCCUCAUCCGCGGACAGCAGCAUACGGACAGUUCGUCGCAGAAGACUGACAUAAGCACCCUUGGCAAGCUCCUCUUUGGCCUAUUCUUAUCUGCUGCUCUCCUCUUUGGCGAAAAGGUCUCCAUUCAAUGGAUUGCGGGCAAGUUCCAUGAACGCUCUUACGCAGAACGCAUUGCCGAGCAGAAGUUCGCAGUGAAGGUGCUUGUGACUCUCUAUCAGCACUCGACCGACAUCCAUUGGCGCUCGGACACCUUGCGCGACGGCCCGCAGGCGGAGCAGAAGCGCAAGACGAUGAUGAACCCACAGAAAAUCUUCAAGAAGGCCCUCAAGGGAGUCCGUGCCGCAGCGACGACAACGACGACGGUGUUGGGUAACGUGGCGUCCGAGAUCGCGGGCACUUCGGUGCUGCAGCCGAACUCGCCACAGGCGAUGGUCAAGACCGCGCUCGAGAGCGCGAACAAGUCGCGGCUGCUUGCGCGGAGGCUGUUCUACUCGUUCGUGCGGCCUGGAGCUGACCGCCUGCACGUCGAGGACGUCGCGAGAUUCUUCGCGAGCCCUGACGAGGCAGAUGCCGCGUACGCAAUCUUUGACAGGGACUCAAACGGCGACGUGAACCGAGAUGAGAUUGAGAUGGCGUGCAUGGAGAUACAUCGCGAACAAUUGUCCAUCGAGCAUUCCAUGCGUGAUCUGGACAGCGCUGUUGGCCGUCUGGACAACAUCCUGAUGACAAUCUACUUCAUCGUCGUCAUUCUCAUUUUCGCCGUCUCUCUGGAAGCACAAGUUGCUACACUAGUCACCAGUGCCGGGACCCUUAUACUCGGUUUGAGUUGGUUGAUCGGCGGCAGCCUGGCUGAGGUGCUCACGAGUAUCAUCUUCUUGUUCGUCAAGCACCCGUACGACGUCGGCGACAGGGUGACGGUGGAGAAGGAUACGUAUACUGUGAAGGAGAUACGGCUGCUCAGCACCAUCUUCUUGGACAGCAACGCGUGCUUGGUGCAGGCACCGAACACCGUUCUCAACGGAAAGCUCAUCAACAACAUCCGGCGUAGCCCACAGAUGUCCGAGCCUUUCGAGUUUGAUGUGGCCUAUACGACGUCGUUUGAGCAGAUUGAACGGCUUCGUGACCUCAUGCUCUCCUUCCUGAAGGUUGAGCGUCGCGACUACCAGCCUAUCUUUGACGUCUACGUGAUCGAUAUGCCUGGCCAAGAGAAGCUCACGCUCAAGGCCGACAUAAAGUACAAAAGUAACUGGCAACAGGGCUCCCUGAAGGCGCAGCGCCGCAACAAGUGGGUCUGCGCCCUCAAGGCGUCUAUGGAGAAGCUCAAAAUCUUUGGUCCCGGGGGCGAUCCGCAUGCCGCAGCCGGUCCCACGAAGUACACGGUGGUACCGUACGAGGAGGUCCUACGCCAGGAGGAAGCAUCAAAGCACAACGCACAUCCGUCGAACAGCAGCUCAAUGGAACUUCAGGUCCCCAAGUCGGAUUGGACGUUCGCGGACCAAAACUCGGCUAUCGUCGAUGACUCGCAGGAUGUCUUUGGAGAGAGUGAGCAGCUUUACAUGACAAAUCCACGUCAAAUGACGAUGCCUGCUCCGGGACAACGUCCGACGCCCGGCACCGAGGGGAUGCCUAUGGCCGUGACAAUGCCGGCACCGUCAACGGCCUCACCUGCACAAAUGGAGGAGAUCGAGUUGACGACGCCUCGUUCUCGGACGGGCCUACCUAAUGUCUGACAAUCAAACUCGAUGAUUUCCGGUGCAACAUCUAUAUCGUAUCCUUAUCUACCCUUGCUUUGGGGCUCACCCCAUUGGUCCAGGACACUGAGCAUCUUCCAGACGUAGUAAUUUAUGUGUUAGCUUUACGAUACACUAACGAUGCGUUGACUUCCUGGCUCUGCAAAAUGUUAUCGUCGUCUCGC